GGCAGCCCGUGGGUAGGGCGGCGGGAGGAGGUAGAAGUUAAACUGGACGAGCCGGUCGCCGACCUAUCUGUUGGGCCAAGUGGAACUCCAUCAGAUGUUGGCCGGUGAUCUACGAGGAUGCAACAUUAACUGUGACCUUCCAUCUAAAACGGACAAAAGAAUUGCAGUUUGAAGGAACAGGAUGAGCUGGUCCAAAUAAUUGGAAAAUAUCGGGUAACUUCUGAUUUUGAAUGGCUUGGAUUUAAAACCGAGAAUACAGAAAAUAAAAAUUUCCAGUAUGAAAACGCAAAUUCUUUUGAAUCUUUAGAAACUCAACGCCAAUAUUCUUGUGAGACAUUACCUGAUUCUGAAAGUACAGAUAUUGAUAUAAAAGAGUUUCCUGAUCCAAUAAUUGACGAUAAAAUGAACGGUAACAAGAAACCAGAUAGCUCUACCAGUGAUAUUGAUUCUGACAGUCUUUUUUCCAGUGAAAUGCAGGAAUCUGAUGAAGUUUCUAGUACAUCACAAUAUAAUUGCUUGGAAAUUGUUGAAGAAACGGAAGCUCUGGAAACUGACAGCAUAACUGAAACAAUCGAUAUCAGAAUAUCUCCACAAAAUUCCACAGUUGAGUUGAUGACUUUCCAAUGCGCUGAUGACUUUCCUUCAGAAUUUUCUUACGUUGCUGAUGUUGAAGUCAAAAUGAAUGAAGAUCAAGAAUGUGUUGUCUCUACCACACAAAAUUCAACCGUGAAAGAUCUUCUAACGGGAGAUGAAUCAAAUACGAUGGAAGUCAAAAUGUACGAAGUGCGCAGCAAAGAAUCUUUAAGGGAAUUUCCAAGAUCAAAAAAGUUAGCGAAGAAAGAUACCGGUUCCAUUGAAAAUGAGAAUGAUCCAGGAACUUCUGAUGACGUAGCUCAAAGCUCUAGUGUAUCAGGAACAAGAAAAUGCGCUGCUACUGGAAUGAAGAAAGACCCGAGAGAAAGUAAUGGUUUCACAGUAGAAAGCAAAAUAGCGCAGGAAAUUAAAGAAAUGAAACAAAGGGAAGAGGAAAUUAGAAAAAUGAGAGAAAUGAUGACGAAGGAAAAGCCCUUAUUUACAGCCCCAAUAAUUACACCUGAAGUUGUAAAACCUCCUCAGGUGCCCAUUCAUACAGAAAAAAUUAAAUGCACUCCUUCAUCCCCAAAGAUUGUGACUGGUGGACAGAGCUACAAUAUUGCUAGCGUGUUCGCAACUAAACGUAAAGAUCCAUCAAGUCUGACAAAAGCGUGUUCACAACCUUCAUCGACAUUCGAAUCUCCCAUUGAUCGUGAUAUUAGAAUGGCCAGGCAACGAGAAGAAGAACUAAAAAAAGAAAGAGAAUUAGCUUUAAAGAUGAAAUAUCAAAUGGAAACCUGCCAACAAAGCGCUGAAUAUAGCGAAGAUGAAAAAGAUGGCACUUUGGACAAUUUAACGUCUGUAAGCAUGUGCAGCGAUUCCUCGUUAGAUUCUGAGCCAAAAGCAUCAUCGCUUUAUGAUGCCUCUCCAGUAAGUUUAAACAACAAACUCAAUGCCAUUUAUUCAAAUUCAUCAAACAUUUCUCAAAGUGAAAACAUUAACGUUUUGCAAAAAACAUUUUCUCAAUCUAAGGAUCCCUUCAUGAGAUCUCCAUCUCCUGAUUCUUCUAGUAGUUCUUCCAUCUCUAAAAGUUCACCAUUUUAUCCUCAAAAAGCUAUGACUUCUUCUCAAGGUAAAAAUGUGAACAUGGAAAGAUUCAUUGCCAGCAAGGGAAGAGAAAUUGCGUUUAAAAGUCCCGUAAAUUCAGUUACUGGCAAUCAGUAUUUUGAAAUAAAACCGCCACAGAUCAAAAAAGGUGAUCAGAUGUCACAACGAAAAUUCCAAUCAGCUGCAUCUAAAAUUCAAAGUGAAUUGCAAGAAAUGAAAGAGAGGGAAGAUGAACUAAAAAAAGAAAGAGCUCAACUAUUAAAUGGAGCGAAUUGUGACUCCUCGUCAGAAACAUCGAAGGAUAUAUGUUCAAGUUCAGAUAUUUCAGAGGAGGGAAAAAUUUCUCCCGAAAAUGAAAAAGAGGAAACAGCCACGAGUAGUACAAGAAGAAAAAGUGCCUUGAUUGAAGAAUGGGAACGAAGAAUUAAAAGUUUUGGAGUACAAGUGUGAAUUCGCCAUUCAUUGCCAUUUUACAUUAAUAAUUUUUGAACUCAAACCGGAAGUCCCGAAAACGACCCACGAAUUGAAAAAUCAAUUUUAAAAAGAACUGAAAGGGAUAUAUAUAUGAACAGUUUGCUGCAUUCUGCCAAUGAAACCAGAUUAUUUAUUUUCAUCAAGUUUCAUAAUCAUUGUCAAAUUUCACCCAUAGAUGGCAUUAUAAUGCCUGUUCCACAUUCCAACUAUAGUAUUAGCACGAGUGUCUGUUUGUUUGUACACAGAUUACACUAAGUUUUUACUGUAAAUUAUAAUUAUUAUUUUAUAGUUCUUCACCGUCAACAACGCCAAAUGUUCAUGAACUCUGUCAAACCAUUCAAACUCAAAUAUUAAUCGGGAUCUAUUGCUUUAUUUCUCCAACAACGCCAUGUCGUUACUGUGAAUGGUAGUUAUUUUAAAAACAUUGUUUUAUAGUUCUUCUCAGUCAGCAGCGCCAUCUUUUCGCUAACUCUAUCGGAAAAUUCUAAGGUAUUUGCCAGACGUUUGUUAAUUUUGUCCUCAGACAACGCCAAGUUUUUGCUACAAAUGGUGAUUACUUUAAAAAAAAAUUAUUUUACAGAUCUUCUCAGUCAGCAGCACUAUCUGUUAACGAAUUCUGCAACGAAUAUUAAAAUUUGGGAAGGAAAUUUCUAGUUUUUUAAGAGGAAUGCAGCAAAUCGUUCUUUUCUAACUUUUUCAAACUUUUUUGAUUGUCAUGGGUCAUUCAAAUCCUGGGUUAUUUUUUGGAGACACGGUAAUUAUAUUAACGGUAAUGUUAUUAACUUUAUUGUAUCAUUAAGCAUUACAUUUAAACUAUAUUUUGUUCUAGGCUUUACUAUUUUAUUUGUUUUUCUCGAUAAACUUAAAUGAUGCGUUUUGUAAUAAGCUUGUAUUUUGUUUAUUUGUAUUAAGUUGUAUUUAUUGUAAUCCAUUGUUUUGUUUGUUAUUCAGUAUGUUUUCACACAAUUCAAAAAUCCCAUUUGUAUUUCAAAUAUAUUGAUAUAUCACAUUACAUUGGCUUACCAAAGUUUUGCGAAAUGCAUCGAACAUGAUUGAAAAAUACUGUAUUUUUUAAUAAAUGAAUAAUUUGUGGGAUGUUUA